UCAGAAACAUUUUUAUGGCUGUGCUUGGCUCAUCAAUACAGGAGUUUAGCAGUAGUAAUAUGAGGUAUUGCAUUAAUUGUUGCAUACAUUUAUUACCAAAUGACUUGCACAGACAGUGUUUCAGAUGCCGCGGACCUAAUCAUAAUAACCAGAAGUGUCCUGUUUGCAAAGGAGAAAAUAAGGUCCCUUUGUACACCGAUAGCAAGCAGAUGAAGUUGCUUGCAGUUCUGGAAGUAAGGACUGAUCACAGUGAAAGCUGGAAUGGAUUUUUCUGCUUGAGGAAGGGGAAGCUAUGCAGCUUAAUAUUUGGGUUGAUUAUAAUGACUCUAGUGAUGGCGUCCUACAUACUGACUGGAGCCAAGCAUGGCCUGUUGUUAAUACCAUCACCCUUCCAUUACGGAGCUUUUACUAGCAAUCCAAGCUUAAUGGACAACGAAAGCCUUAGUGACAUGAAAGACCAUUACCAGCCUUCUAAAAUGAAUAUUUCAUACGUAAAGGAUUAUCCAAGCAUUAAAUUAAUUAUUGACACUAUUACUUCAAAGAUAGAGUUUAUAACGAGACAGCGCCCUGAUUUAGAAGAGCUGAGGAAACAGGAGCCACAUAUGUUUUCAGCAAUUCCUAAUAAAUUCCUUUCAAAUAGCAAGAAUCCUUGUUGGUAUGAAGAGUACAGAGGAAACACAACCACAGAUCCUUAUGCAACAAACUCCUAUGCACUAUAUUCAAAGCGCUUUCGAACCAUAUUUGAUUACCUCAGGAAGGUAUUUUGGAACCACUUGUACCACUAUAAGGACAAACACUACCGCCUGCGCUGUCUCCCCCAUUUCUACAUCAUUGGCCAACCCAAGUGUGGAACCACGGACCUGUACGACCGGCUCAGGCUGCACCCCGAUGUUCGGUUCUCAGCAAUCAAAGAGCCGCACUGGUGGACAAGAAAACGGUUUGGAAUCAUUCGUCUGAGGGAUGGAUUUCAUGAUCGCUACCCAGUGGAAGAUUACCUUGAUCUGUUUGACUUAGCAGCACAUCAGAUUCAGAGCGUGCUGCAGAGCGAAGCGGCAAAAGAGCACAGCAAGAUGAACAACAUCAUAAUUGGGGAGGCCAGUGCCUCGACUAUGUGGGACAACAACGCUUGGAUUUUCUUUUAUGACAACAGUACUGAAGGAGAACCUCCCUUCUUAAUCCAGGAUUUUAUCCAUGCCUUCCAACCAAAUGCCAAACUUAUCAUCAUGCUGAGAGACCCUGUUGAAAGAUUGUACUCCGAUUAUCUGUACUUUGCAAGUGCUAAUAAAUCUGUGGAAGAUUUUCAUGAAAAAGUGGCAGAAUCACUGCAGCUGUUUGAAAAUUGCAUGCUGGAUUACUCACUGAGAGCCUGUGUCUACAACAACACCCUGAACAAUGCCAUGCCCGUAAGGUUACAGGUUGGGCUCUAUGUUGUGUAUCUUUUGGACUGGCUGACAGUUUUUGACAAAGAUCAGAUACUUGUUCUUCGCUUGGAGGAUCAUGCAUCAAAUGUGAAAUACACCAUGCACAUGGUGUUCCAGUUUCUGAAUCUGGGACCUCUAAGUGAGAAACAAGAAGCUCUGAUUACAAAGAGUCCUGCAUCAAACACUAGACGACCUGAAGACAGAAGUCUGGGACCUAUGCUACCAACAACGAAGGCAAUUUUACGAGAUUUCUAUAGGCCUUUUAAUACAAAACUGGCACAAGUUCUUUUUGAUGAUGCUUUUUUAUGGAAAAGGACAUAAUAUGUAAAUUUAGUGCCACAAAUACAGUGUUUAAAGGAGUUUUUAUUUUUUUAAAUUCUAUUUUUGUGCGUGGAUAUUUACAUUUUUCCCAUUCCAAAGAGAAGCCGAUUGAUGAGCUGAGACUCUCACCUUCAGUCAGCACACUUCACGACAGUUAUACCACAUUUUCCUUGUGAGAAUGUAAAGCAUCUUGCUUAUCAGUUUAUUGCAACUUCUUUUACCCCGGCAGAAGUGUAGAGUGGAAAAGCGUUAAUACAAAGAUGAUGUCUUACACUCUCCACGGGGAUGUUGAAGUUUAACCUUCUCUAAGAUGCUGCAACACAGA